AUGCCUCGCGCGACCAGAAACAGAGUCGCAGAUGCGCCACCAGUCGUGGAACCACCGGAGGAGAUGGAGGUUGACGACGAGGAAGAUWCUUCAGAACGCAGACAGCCGCUGCAGUUCGACGAGCCGCUGAAUUGGCGCGCAGGGAAACCCAUCGCCGUGGCAGAGCUGUUGCGACGUCUAAAGUUGUUGGCAGCGGAGUUGAAGCAGCUGCAGCAGGAAGAUGUGGACAAAAAGUCGAUUGUGCCCAAGGCGCAGGAACUCGCCAGCUCACAGCUACUUGGACACAAGGACGCUGGAGUCCGAUCAUACGCGCUGCUAUGUAUCGUGGACAUAUUCCGGCUGACUGCGCCCGACGCGCCUUACAAGAUAAAUCAGCUCAAGGACAUCUUCACACUCAUCAUCUCGACCAUUAUGCCUGCGCUGGCUGAUCCCCACGAUCCAUACAGCCAGCAACAUCAGGAUAUCAUCCACUCUUUAUCAGACGUGAAGAGUAUUAUUCUGGUGUCAGAGCUCCCAGGAGCUGAUGCGCUUGUUCUCAACCUCUUCACCAACUGCUUUGAUGUCAUGUCGGGCAACACUCGAGGUAGCGGAAGAGAUCCCCUGUCAAAGAGCGUUGAGUUCAACAUGACUGGCAUGCUCACCGCCUAUCUUGACGAGGCCCAAACACUUCCCUCCGGCGUGAUAGACAUUCUUCUAGCUCAAUUUCUUCGAGCUGAUCCCACCCUGUCAGCUGGUCAUCGCAAAGGCGAUGCCAAUCUUUUGAACACCGUGCACGAAGUCUCGCCUGCAUACAACAUGGCCCGAUCAGUCUGUAACAGUGUGACUGAGAAGAUGGCUCGUCAUGUGGGUCAGUAUUUCAACUCYGUUUUGAUCGAUGCUAGCCAGUCAAUGGGAGGAGCAAAAGCCGCGAAAACCAAGGGCAAGAAACGAACGUACGACGAUAGCGACGACGACUCGGACUCUGGUCUGUUAACACCACCUUCGGAGGAGGACCUGCAAGAAGUUGCCAAAGCACAUCGACUAUUGCGUGAGCUUUGGCGGUCUUGCCCGGACAUCAUUCGAAAUGUCGUCCCUCAGAUCGAAGCCGAGAUUGCGACCGAGAACUUGUCGCUGAGAGUAAUCGCUGUGCAGACGCUUGGUGACAUGAUCGCUGGAAUUGGCGCCGCGGGUCCGCCGCCACCGCCAGCGCUGGAUCCUGCUGCGUACCCUUCACAGAGCUUGGAAGUCAGUCCUCCCGCACCCCAGAAUGUUUUGCUCACACCCGCAGCUCCGCUGGCAUUCUCCACCGCAUAUCCCACAGCAUAUCAGUCAUUCUUCGACAGAUAUCGAGACAAGGCGGCCUUGGUCAGGGCUGCAUGGGUAACAGAGGUUGGGAGAAUAGUCUCCACAUCUGGUGGCGGCAAGGGACUUGACUCAGAGCAGGAGCCAAAGCUCAUCAGAUGCUUGGCAGACAUGCUAAUGGACAACGAUGAGAAGGUGCGUCUGGCGGCUGUUCAAGCAGUGAGCCAAUUCGACUUUCAAGCGGUGCUGCAAAAGCUCGGAACGCUGGGAGGCGUCACGACUCCGACUUCAGUUCUUUGCAACCUUGCGGAUCGCAUCAAGGACACUAAGCCUGUUGUUCGAGUUGCUGCUAUAGAACUGCUUGGGAAACUUUGGGGAGUCGCAGCUGGUGCCAUCGCCGAAGACGGCGAACGAGUUCGUGAACUGCUGGGCGCCAUACCUUCCAGGAUAUUUGAGGCGAUGUAUGUCAACGACAAGAGCCUGAAUGCGCUCGUUUCUCGCGUCAUGUUUGACUCACUCAUCCCAACCAACUACCCCCCGAUCAAGUCCAAGCCCGGAGACUCUCAACGGAUACCCGACAGCCAAAAUGCUGGCGACCGCCCGCCGGACCGCGAUAGAAUCCGUACCGAGCGUAUACUGGUUCUUGUGCGAGAUCUUGAAGAGAAAGCCAAGACUGUCUUCUUCUCUUUGCAACACCAACAGGCAGCGAAGGCAAAGUACUUUGAAUCGAUUCUGGAUGCUAGUGAGAAAUUGAGCAAUGAGAAUGAUAAGGAGAGUCACACAGAAUCCAAGAAGAAGAUCGAUGCACUCAUAAACGCCAUUGCCGCAACGUUCCCAGACGCACUCGUGGCCGCGGGUCAUCUCGCAAAGUUCUUCAAGUCUAACGACAGGCGAAACUUUGCACUCUCACGAUUUUGUAUAUCACCGGAAAGCGAGUACCAAAAGGUCAACAACGCAAUGAAGGAGCUCCUGAAACGGUUGGAAGAUUCACCCAGCAACAUUGCAGGUGUUUACGACACAGUCAAGGCCUUCGUGCGUUCUGCCGCGAUCCUGGUCUACAACAGAAGUCACGUUCCGGCCAUUAUGGAGUAUUCACGAACGGACGAGAAAGGACUUGGUUCUGCGGCUCACGAAGUCCUGAAGGAAAUCUCUGCAAAAGCGCCUCGGGUCUUCAAGGUCCAUAUCAAGGAGCUUUGCGAAAGCUUGAAGAGGCAAGCACCAUCCGCUGCUACGCCAAACGAGGCAACUGCUGUUGAGUCACUGAAGGCAUGUGCUGGGUUUGCUCGGCAUUUCCCGGACGACAUGGGCCAAAAUCGGGACUUCUACAAGGCCAUGACGAAGUAUGCAUUGUUCGGCACGCCGCCCACGGCAGCAAAGCACGCAGUGAGCGUCAUCGUGGCUUCUGCGGAAAAGAAGGAGAUGUACAUCAAAGACAUCCUCAAGUCAUGUCUCAAGGAUUGCAAGCUUGGCUCAGACAGCUUCCUUUCCCGCCUUGCAGCAUUAAGCCAGCUAAGACUCCUGGCGAGCGAAGAGAUUGAAGAUGAAGAUGAUGCCAUUACUGAGGUCAUGACGGGAGUACUCGCUGAUGAGCGCACCGCAUCAGAUGCUGCUGACCCAGACUGGACCGACGAGCCCGACGAUGAUCUCACAGCCAAGCUUUGGGCGCUCAAAGGCAUUGCUAACAAGCUUCGAGGCUAUGUCUCCGUUCACGAUAGCGAAGAGCCUACAGAGGAACUACGAUUCCUCUCGGAGCCCAUAUUCCGGCUCCUCAACACGCUGAUCGAGCGUGAAGGUGCCUUGUCUUCGACCGAGGAGUUGACUCCCAAACAUCACAGGUCGCAGCUUCGUCUCGCUGCUGCGAAACAUCUUCUUAAGCUCUGCUGUAGCAAGGCGCUCGACAAGAUCUUCUCGCCGAGAGACUUCAAUCGUUUGACCAGGAUUGUACAAGACGCACUACCUGAAGUACGUGCUGGCUUCAAUGGUGCUUUGAAGAAGUACAAUGGGCAAAAUUUGCUGCCUCGCAGGUUCUACAGCUUCAUGUUUCUUUAUGCAUUUGAACCGAAGAAAAGCACCAAAGAAGCUACGGUGACUUUCCUCAAAGCGAGAGCAUCAAGUUUCGCCAAGAGUGGUGACCAGUUUCUGGAAGGUGUAUUCUCCCAAUUCCUCAGUCUACUCGCCCACCAUCAGGACUUCUCCACUGCGCCUGAGGAUUUGACAGACUUUGUGGACUACAUCAUCUUUUACUUGAAGAUUGUGGCCACCGAAGCGAAUCUGCCUGUCAUUUACAGCAUCGCGCAGAGGAUGAAGACCGUUCAGGACGGCAUUGAUCCUGAUAAAAGCGAGAAUCUCUACGUACUCUCCGAUCUGGCAGAAGCCAUCAUUCGCAUCUUUCAAGAACAGCGCGGAUGGUCUUUACAGAUCUUCUCUGGCAAGACUCAUCUGCCGCAAGGUAUCUUCGCCCGCAUGCCCAACCACGCAAUAGCACAGGAAAUCGCAGAGAAGAGAUUCGUGCCAGAGGAGCUUGCCGAUGAGCUUGAAGACUUAGUCAAGGAUCGCAUGAAAACCAAGGCCAAGAAGCGCAAAGCAGAGAAGAUUGACGGUGCCUCAACUCGCACUGUCAAGAAGGCGCGAACUUCUACCGCGAAGGCUACCAGCAAGGCGACCAAGGCACCAAAGGCACCCAAAGCUGCGAAACCAGCAAAGACUCCAAAGAAGCGCAAGUCAGAUGCGGUACCGUCUUCAGAUCGCAGGAAGAGCGCUCGAGCGUCGAAUGCACAUAACUAUGCCGAAGCGGACAGUGAUGAGGAGGAGGAAGAAGAAAAGGAAGUAGAGGACGAGGAGGCUGCCAAUGAUUCGGACGCAGGCGAGGAAGGCGAAGGUGACCAGGGGGCAAACAAGGAGAACGUGUCGUCCUCUACACCGCCGACAAGCGACCCAACACCGGCGCCUGCAUCAGCUGUUACCCGGAAGGAGAGGCAGGCGGCCGAAAAGAAUGCCACACGUAAGGAGAAGCAGGCAACGGAAAAGAACCCCCCACGAAAGAAGGCGACGAAGACGAAGCAACAGCAGCAGCCUGCAGCUCGUCCUAGUCGUUCGACAAGGARCACGAAGAAACCCGAUGACAAGGUGUACGAUAUGCCUGGUGAUGAUAGCGAUAGCGAGCUAUCGGAUGCGAUGGAGGUUUGA